AUGAACUUUGUGUUGGAAUUGUAUUGUAUUGUUAUUGUUAUUGGUUGGUAUUGUUGGAACUGUGGUGGUACGCGUCGUGAAGGCAGUAAGAGAGCUUCUUCGACGGUUAAGGUUGAUGAAGAGCGAUCCUGGUUUUGGGGGGAGUUGGGAAAAGGACGACUCAUCUUGUUCUCACUUGCUAAGAUGCCGUUAUCCUUUGUAAUUAUUUCAAGUUGUCUUAAAGUUGUCUUUAACUUGUCUGUGCCGGAAUAUAUUUUGACUUACAAAACGGGGUAG